UCUACAUUACAGUUUGAUAAAAUGUCAUUAUACAUUCCACGUAGUAGGUAUUUUAUUAUUGAGAGGCAUUAAAACGGUUUCAAUUUACUUCUAAAAUAUAAUCAUUAAUCAACAUCUAAUAUAAACAUAGAAUAUGAAAUCUAUGAGUCUACGUUUAUUACUGUGUGAAAAUUAAUGCCACGAUGGCUGAAAGUACUCCAAAUAAUAUAUCAAACAUGGAAAAUAUAACACACAAUAAUCUUGAGGUCAAAUCAGACCAGACAGAAGUGGAAGUGUCCAAUGAGAAUGAUGUAGCAACACUUGAAUCUGAAGUAUCCUCAAUAAUUUCCAAAUUCGAGAAAGCUGGAGAAAAGCCUAAUAAUGGUGGAGGAACCACUUGGAAUUAUCCUUUAGGGUUUCUUACUCAAUGUAAGAGUGUAGAAACAGUUCAAUCAUUAAUAGAGGAUUUAAUCAUCUACGAAAGUGGACCACAAGUUAGUGACGAAAAUAAUCCAGAUACAGCUCAAAUAAGUCAAAUUACAAGUCUACCAACGUUGACAGAAGCUGGAAAACUUGCUCUUAUCACCCAAUCUGUAUCAGCUUAUGCAGUAGGUUUACCAAGAAGUCAUGCACAAAAAUUAGCUCAUCGUUUAGUUGCUGAUACUACUAGAUGGCUUAAUCAUUUAUUCGGUUUCGGUGAUUAUGCUACUUCCUUUCAUGAAGAUCAUUUGGAAGGUUUAGUUAAAGUAACAAAAUUAGCACUGUACAAAAAGUAUCCUAGAUAUAUAGAAGAUGGAUUUAAUGCUCUUGUAUCAGCUCCUCCAAUUAUCUAUACUUCUGUAGCUGCUCCUCCAGGCGUUGUGCAACAUUUAUGUAGACAGCUGUCAUUACCGUUGAGUUGUAUUCGAACUAUUUCCCAAAAUACAAUGUUUGGAUCUCGACAAAGUAUGGACAUUUCAGCGCUCGAACGACGUUUAGCAGAGGACAGUCAAUUAAAUAAUGCUACGCCGCUUUUAGUAUUAGCUGAAGUGGCUUCUGCAAUCACCGGACACUGCGAUAACGUUGCUCGACUAAUAGAGAUAUGUGAAAAAUAUAACGUCUGGCUCCACCUUCGAGGACAUUCAUUAGCUGCACUGACAUUAAAUAAAUCACCACCAGUAGACUUGACAUCUGGAAUUGCAGACAGUAUUACUCUACCUUUAGGCGUUUGGCUAGGAAUUUCAUCAUUGCCAAUUGUGACAUUGUAUAGAUUAACAGACUCUAAAUGGGGGAAACAAACUCAACGUGAUACAUCAUUAAGUGCAGUAUCAGGUUUAAUGGCAGAAUCAUUUGCAAGGCGGCUAUCUAUUUUACCAUUGUGGGCAGUACUCCAAGUUCUAGGUCGGGAUGGGAUUCGAUCUAGAUUUAAACAGUGCUUCGAAAUUAUUGAAGAAUUAUAUAAUAAAAUUAAAAAAUUUCCCAAUAUUAAAUUUUUAAGUCAACUUCCAGGAGAUGAAAAUGGCGCUCUAUCAAUAAAUGACUUAUCACCCAGUUCUCUAAAUAGUUUAAAAAUAUUUGAGGUCGUCGCAAGUUCUUUAGUAUUUCAAUAUGUACCUCCAGUUCGAGAAUCACAAAGAUCAGAACGUAACACAGUAUAUUAUGACAAAUUUAAUUGUUGGCUAGGACAAAUUUUACAAAGAGACAUUGAAAAUAUUCCAAUUGAGUUGUGUGAACUUGAACAGUAUGGUGUAGUAAUAAGAAUAUGUUGCCUUGAAAGCCCAGGGAAUCCUCCAACUUCAGAAGAUGUUGAUAACGUCAUAGCUUGUCUUGAACAACAAAUCGAAAUUUUAAAUGCUACUAUUGAACAUCGAGAAACCUUUAUACGAUUGGUAAAACAAAAUGAUUCCCUUGACUAUGUCGAUACACCCGGAUGGGCAGGCUUAGGCGGCGUACGUUAUGCACCACCAACCUGGGCUAAGAUAAUGACUGAACAAACAAUCGAGGAACUUGAUAGAUUGAAUUACCAAUUGGUAGAAGCUUUACGAAAUACAGAUGCUGCUUUUUCACUUGGUGAAGGAGCAGAUGGUUUAGCUUGUGUUCGUUUUGGGAUGGUGACUCAUGACACUGAUUUGGCACAGUUGCUCUCAUUAGUGUAUCAAGUAGGUCAAGAAAUUGAAGCAAACUCAAAGCUGUUGGAUACAAUUUCCGAAGUGGUGAAGAGGGGAAUUAAAGCAGCACAAAGUGAUCUUGAAAAAGAAAAUGCUGAUAAGCUUUGGCAAGAAGGAAUUCUUCGACAUGUUCCAGUUGUUGGAACUUUUGUUAAUUGGUGGAGUCCACCGUCAAAAGAAGGAGGAGUUCGGGGUCGUAGAUUAAAUUUAGAAGCUGGUACUCUUGAAAGCACUGAAAAUAUUUACAAGUAUCAUAUGCAACGCCAGCCACCUGGUACGGAAAAAAGUAAUGGUUCUGGCGCACGAACACCACCUCAACCUCUUGUUCAAACUCCCGUUGGUGUAGGUAGUCAAAGUCAUAGUAGAUCUUCAAGUCAUUCAAGUGUUCAAAGCAAUAAAGGUGCGUCAAUAAUUUCCAAUUCAAACGUUUUUCAAACUCAAAUGAAAGAGGAAUCGACUACUCCACGAUCGUAGUAAAUUAUUUUUUCUAAAAUUAAUAAUAUUAAAGAUUAAAAUCACCUUUUGGUUUUCAAUGUUUAUAAUUUUCUCCAAAUGCUUCUUGUAAAAAAUUAUUUACGAAGGUAAGAAUCUCUUACAAUAUGACUAUAAUAUAAAUAGUUAAUGAAGCCAAUUAAUUAAAGUUAAUG